AUGGCACACUUAAUGUUUUUCUAUUCUCCAGAUACGGCCGUUCCGUUAUCUGUGGGGAGAGUAAUGCAUUCUAACAUCUAUAUUUUAUUUAUUUUACUACAAAUAUUUGUAAACAAAACAUUCAGUGAUAUUUAUAAGAUUCAAUCUAAUAACAUUAACUAUUGUACAAAAUUAACAAAAAAAGAUCUUGGAUCUUCAUGUAUUGAUAAAAAUCUUGAAUAUCCAUUAUCAUCUGAAGAUAUUGAUCUUUUAAAAAAGAAUAGUCUUUCAAUUAAAACACAAACAUGUGUGUCAAAUCCAUCUCUUACUUGUCUUAAUAUUGAUCAUAAAUCAUUGAUUGGUGCUGGAACAUAUGGAUUAGUUGUACGUGGUCAAUCAAAAUCAGUUCAAUUUCCUCUUGCAAUUAAAUUUAUUAAAUUACCAACAAAACUCGAUACUGUUUCAUUUAAUACAAUUGGUCGUUAUAAUCGUAUCGAUCUUAAUUCUUUAAUAGAAAAUAAAGGUACGGAAAAAGGUUUACGUGAAGCUAUAGCACUUCGUCUUAUAAAUGAAUAUGAACUUCCUUCAAUUCCGAAAUAUGUUACAUAUUUUGAAACAUCAUCUUAUCGAAUACUUGCAAUGGAAUACUUAGAAAAUUAUGAAGAAUUAUCAAAAAUAAUUGAUAAAUUAUCAUCAAAAGAUUUAUUAUUUAUUUCAUGUCAAACAGCAGCUAUUGUUUGUAAUUUAGAUCAAAUUGGUAUAUCACAUGAUGAUAUGCAUGAAAGAAAUAUAUUAAUUAAUCGUAAAAAUAAUAAUAAAGUUAAUUUAAUUGAUUUUGGUGGUGCACAUUUUAAUAAUAAACAUGAACAUUUUACUAGUACAAGUAAUUUUUUAAAACAACCUAUUAAUUUAUUAGGUCAUUUAAAACGUUUUGUUAAAGAAGAUUUAAUUGAUAAUAUACAAUCACAAGAAAAAAAAGAUCUUGGACGUUUUUGUUUAAUGAUGAAGACUUUUAUAUCAAGUAAAAAUGAUACGGAAAAAGAAGCAAUACCUUAUUAUUAUAGAAUAUUAUUUGAAAAAUAUUGGAAAUUUAAUCAAAUAAAUAAAAAAUUAUUUAAAUGUGCAUUAACAAAAUAA